AAAGAGGGGGGAGAAAGAAGAGGGGAAAUUGCAUCCCCAGCAACUUGUCCACCCCGAGCAUUUAUGAAACCAUUACCCACUCCCUGGACCCUGUGUGCGAACCCCGGCUUCCUAGCGAGGCACAGUGAGAAUUAAGCACUCAGACCAGCGCGCGCCCUCUUCCCGCCACUGCUUUCUGCCCAGUCCCCUUUAAGAAGCAGCCCCGACGGGACUACAUUUCCCAGAAGGCUUUGCCCGCGCGUUAUGUAACUUUCCCUGCGAAGCGGCCUCUGGGGCAGAAGAAGGAGGUGGAGGCGACGGCGGCCGUUGCAGCGGCGUCGGCGGCGCGAGCGGAGCGAGCGGCGGGAGCCUGGGGCGGCGGCGCCCGAGGCCCAUCGAGGAGCUGGAGCUGUGCAUCUCGGCUCACGGCGCGAACCGGACGGGGGCGCCGACGUGCGUGCUCGUGGCUUGCCUUUUCCACCGGAGGCGGGAGUGAGAGAGAGGGAAAAAAAAAAAAAAAAAAAAAGGCUGAGGGCCCAGGGGGCGGGGAAGGGGGGCCGGGCCUGAAUCCGGCGGGGAGGCCGAGCUCGAGGCUGGAUUGAGCGGCUCGCGCGCCCGUCCCCGGGCACAGCGGAGCGAUCGUGGGCGGCGGGGGCACAGCGGGGGCACCGGGCGGCGUUCCGGGGGGCGCCAUGGCGUCCGUGCAAGCGUCCCGCCGCCAGUGGUGCUACCUGUGCGACCUGCCCAAGAUGCCGUGGGCCAUGGUGUGGGACUUCAGCGAGGCUGUGUGCCGCGGGUGCGUGAAUUUCGAGGGCGCGGACCGCAUCGAGCUGCUCAUCGACGCCGCCCGCCAGCUCAAGCGCAGCCACGUGCUCCCCGAGGGCCGCUCGCCCGGACCCCCGGCUCUCAAGCACCCGACCUCCAAGGACCUAGCCUCCACGGGCUCCCAGGGCUCCCAGUUGCCACCCCCGCAGGCCCAGGCGCAGCCAUCGGGGACCGGAGGUAGCGUCUCAGGCCCGGACCGCUAUGACAGGGCUACUUCAUCCAGCCGCCUGGCGCUGCCUUCGCCGGCUUUGGAAUACACCCUGGGGUCCCGCUUGGCCAACGGGCUGGGCCGCGAGGAGGCCGUGGCGGAAGGGGCACGCAGGGCUUUGCUUGGCUCCAUCCCCAGCUUGAUGCCCCCCGGGCUGCUGGCAGCUGCAGUGUCUGGCCUCGGAGGCCGAGCUCUAACGCUGGCACCUGGCUUAAGCCCCGCUCGUCCACUUUUCGGCUCCGAUUUCGAGAAGGAGAAGCAGCAGAGGAAUGCGGACUGUUUGGCAGAAUUGAACGAGGCCAUGCGGGGCCGGGCGGAGGAGUGGCAUGGGCGUCCCAAGGCUGUAAGGGAACAGCUACUGGCGCUGUCCGCCUGUGCCCCUUUCAAUGUCCGAUUCAAGAAGGACCACGGGCUGGUGGGACGGGUGUUCGCCUUUGAUGCCACUGCCCGCCCUCCGGGCUAUGAGUUCGAGCUGAAGCUCUUCACCGAAUACCCCUGUGGUUCUGGCAAUGUGUACGCGGGGGUCCUUGCAGUGGCUCGCCAGAUGUUUCAUGAUGCUCUUCGAGAGCCAGGGAAGGCCCUGGCCUCAUCGGGCUUCAAGUACCUCGAGUAUGAACGCCGCCACGGCUCAGGGGAAUGGCGCCAGUUAGGAGAGCUGCUUACGGAUGGGGUCCGCAGCUUCCGAGAGCCUGCUCCCGCGGAGGCCCUGCCCCAGCAGUACCCAGAACCGGCCCCUGCUGCUCUGUGUGGCCCACCUCCAAGAGCCCCAUCCCGGAACCUGGCGCCCACCCCACGUCGUCGCAAAGCAUCCCCUGAGCCCGAGGGCGAGACAGCUGGGAAGAUGACCACGGAGGAGCAGCAACAGCGGCACUGGGUGGCACCAGGCGGUCCAUACUCUACAGAGACCCCUGGUGUGCCCUCACCUAUUGCUGCCCUCAAGAAUGUGGCCGAGGCUCUGGGCCACUCACCCAAGGACCCUGGUGGGGGUGGAGGCUCUGUCCGCGCAGGGGGUGCUAGCCCUGCCGCUUCCUCCACGACCCAACCACCAGCCCAGCAUCGUCUGGUGGCACGCAAUGGAGAGGCAGAAGUCAGUCCCACUGCCGGGGCUGAAGCUGUCAGCGGGGGUGGUAGCGGCACAGGGGCGACCCCUGGAGCCCCCUUGUGCUGUACCCUGUGCAGAGAAAGGCUGGAAGACACCCACUUCGUGCAGUGUCCCUCGGUACCUGGACACAAGUUCUGCUUUCCUUGCUCCCGAGAGUUUAUCAAGGCACAGGGCCCAGCCGGAGAGGUGUACUGCCCCAGUGGAGACAAAUGUCCACUGGUGGGUUCCUCUGUCCCCUGGGCCUUCAUGCAGGGUGAGAUCGCUACUAUUCUUGCUGGUGACAUCAAGGUCAAGAAAGAAAGGGACCCCUAGGCUGCCACUGCCAGGCUUCUUUCCCCUCCCCUUUAACCAUCACCGCAUCUGCGGAUAAAUUAUUCCCUACCCCACCCAACCCAGUACCACCCUAACCUAUGUAUAUACCCUUUCCUCUGCCCAGAUGGGUCCCCUGGGGUAGAUACAUUGUGGGUGGGGGGAGAGAGCUUGUGGCUCCUGUCAGAGCCGGUGUUUGGGGUUCCUGGGCCCCUCCUUUUUCCUUUCUUGGCUUGGCUUUCCUGCUGUUGGUAGUUGGGUGAGAGGUACCCCGCUUGUCCUUGAGAAGGGACCUCCUGAGAACUCGCUCUUUAUAAACGAAGCAAAAGCAUUUUAUUGUCCCCCCUUCCCCACCCUUUUCCUCCUUCAAUAAACUGAGAGAUGGGUUGUUCUUUUUCCCCCUUCUUCAUGGUCCCUUUAGUUUUAUGAGAUGCUGCGCCCCCUUCGGGAUUGGACUUAUCCUGCGCGCGAGAGGACGUCUGCGUUGUGACCACUAGGUGGCGCCGUUUGUCCAGGGCUGCUGUUUGUAGUAGUGUGCGUUUGCUGUGCUCUAUUAAAGGUGUAGUCGAG